AUGCCGAAAGAAACAGAAACUCCGCCAGAAGCAUGUCCAGUUGAUCACGCCACCCGCGCGGCGUGGCUAAAAAACAAUUCCUCCAAGCCCGUCGUCUUCUCUGGCAUAACGAAAGAAGCCAGCCAAGCCAGCGCAGGAAACAGCUGCGACUCAAAGACAAUAGACCAGAGCCCGCCUCCUCCACAGCGCAGUUUCUUCUCGCGCUUCAUUGCGCCUGUAGCACCUCCAGCAGACGGCUCCACAACCCUCGGACUCGACCGCGAGGUAUCUACUAUUCCGAGAGCUUCGCCAGUCAACAAUGAGGAGGGGGCGAAACCUGCGAACAGCGAGAAGGAGAGCGGUGUUAGCAAGGAUGGGAACUGGAUAUACCCAUCUGAGAAGAUGUUUUUCGAUGCGAUGAAGAGGAAGGGCUAUGCGACUGAGUCGGCUGACAUGAAGACUAUUGUGCCCAUUCACAACGCGGUCAAUGAGAGGGCGUGGAAGGAGAUUAAGGACUGGGAGAGGCCUUAUGGGAGCGAACAGCAAUGCGGCGGACCGAGACUUCAUUCCUUCCUCGGACUUUCCCAAACCCUUAGCCCAAAGGCACGAAUCAAUACCUGGCUGGGAUACACAGCUCCUUUUGAUAGACACGAUUGGGUUGUCGACCGAUGUGGUACGAGGGUGGAUUACAUUAUUGAUUUCUAUGCCGGGAGGAGUGAUGCGAAUGGAAACGGGAAGCUGAAUUUUUAUCUUGAUGUAAGGCCGAAGCUGAAUACUUGGGAGGGGUGGAAAACGAGAGUAUCCAAGCUGGUGGGCUUGACAUAA